AUCACUUCUGCAAUUCAAUCAAUCAACAGCCAGGUUUACCAUGUCUCGCAGACACUUGUUAAAGAGAAGAGGAGAUGGAACUCACACUCCCAAGUCUGGUGCGUCCUCACGCGCCCCCUCAGCUGCCAGAACACCGCUAAGACUGGCAGAUGACUCUGAUGCCGAAGACGACGCCAAUGGUGAACAAGAUCUUUUCAAAUUAGAGGAGUUGCUUCGUGAGAAAUUGGCCAAUCUACAGCAGGCCGAAGUUGGAGAGAUGAACAAAGAAGAUAGAAUAAGUGUGGGCGACAGACGUCAAUACGAGGCCGACUCACUUAAUAAGUUUAGAAUUCAAAGUGAAGCCACCGGAGUCACCGACAUCAUUGUGUCUCUUUCCUUCAGUCGUGCUGAUGUUUCCCUGAGUUCCCGAGAAUUGCUAUUGGCGCAAUUGUACAAGGUGAUUAUCUCACGUCCAUUGAGCGUGGUAAAUGAAGAAAAUGCCGGCACAGCCAAUUAUGUCGACGAAGAUAAGGUUCUGAAAUUGAUUUCCAUAUUUAACGAGGGCGAUUACCGUAGCGAUUUUGAGUUUUUGUACCUUUACAAGUCCAUUAUUGCCUUGCUUUGUUCAGACAUUGACGAUUUUUCCACCUUGAUAUCGACGGAUUUCUUGGCCAAGAUCACCCAGCUCUUGGUCGAACCCGCCACCAGUAUCAUCACCAAUGAAAACAAGGCCAACAUAAUAUCUGGGUACGUUGUUCUCAAUUUGAUUCUCCACCACGGUGCAUCGGCAUUUGGAAUCGAGGAUCAAAUAGCCAUGCUCAUGGAAUUGGCCGAAGGGUAUACGGCUAGUUCCAGUGCGUUGAAACGACAAGUUGAAAUGGGCGACCGUGAACACGCAACAUUUAUCACCGAUAAGAACAUGGACAAGAGGUUGAUUCAGGAAGCUAACUCAAAAGUCACCGAGGAAGCCGGUGUCGCCAUAGCCGCAUUGCAUGGUGUCGCAUGUUUCUUGACAUUGUUGACUCGAGGGACUUUCUUGAAUGACAUAUUACAAGACUUGAUGAUCAAAUUAGUGCCGAUUUUAGAUAAUGAUGAAAACAGAGAUAUUGCCAAAGCUGCCGCCAGAGCUAUUGGUGUCGUUUAUGAAAUGUUUGAUUACGAUGAGGAAGAAAGUGAAGACGAGGAACCGGAUAUGGAUUACAAUGUAAACUCUCCAUAUUAUGAACAAGAAUCUUUGUUUGCUAUUCUUGAAAGGCUCACCAACUUGUCAUCGAAAAAGGUGUCCAAGAGGGACAAGAAAGAAAUCAACUCCAUAUUUAGAAACAUCAAAAACACCGUGGAAAGUUAUGUGGACCCUAAACAGAGAGUACAGAUAUAUAAACGCUCACCAGAAGGAAUCGAAAUACUUGGCAACACCAUCGAUUCUACAUCCAUAAAAUUAUCCAAGUAUAAAGUGUUGCGCAUAAACACCUGGUGUUUGCAUGCUCGAUUACGUCAUUUGAGAUGGUGCUUUAGUUUUGGAUUACACAAUCAACUCAUUAGUGAUGAUGGAUUCCAAGAUAUAUUAAAAGAGCCCGAAAAUGAAUAUAAUUCAUAUGGGCUCAAUCAUGAUGAGAUCGACGAUAGUUUGUUGCAUGAAGAGAAUGCCCAGGUAUUACACGAAUACUUGGACUAUAAACAUUCAGCUGAUGAAAAGACUCGAAAAGAAAAGCGUAAAAAGGAAAGAAGGUCAAAAUUAAACGAACAUCUUCAAAGUUUAGCUUUGGAAUAGGUUUAUAAAUUAUCUUUAUAUAUAUAUAUGUAUAAAUACCACUCCCUUUACAAAAUUUCUAAACUAACUGUAAGACGAGAGUAUUCAUCUUCGUCAGCAUCAUCAGAUUCUAUCAAGGACACCUUGGAGAAAUCUUCGAUGACAUAAGUAGCACCCGCCUUAAGUAAUACUUCUUUCGAGAAUGUACUGGCAAUUCCAAUAACCAAGAACCCACCAUUGACACCACUUUUAACCCCGGUAGGCGCGUCUUCAAAUACAAUUGCCUUGGGACGGGAUACACCCACCACUAUAUUGUUAAGGGAAAUCAAUUUCUUGAAUGCAGUAUAAUAUCCUUCUGGAUCAGGUUUACCGUUAGAAACGUCAUGUGCAGUAAUGAAAAUUUUCGGACGAGGAAUAGAAGAGAAUAGUCUAUUGUACCAACCAUAAGCUAAUUCUUGAGUUCCUGAAGUAAUAAUCGCCCAACUAUCCUUCGCACCUUUCUCAUUCAAACUUUCAAGAAAUGCAACACUUCCAGGAAUAGGUUUACCUAAAUCGCCGUACUUACGCACAAUCUCCAGUUCCCAUAUGUCAAUGUCCUUUUGACUCACAGGCAAUUUCUCUGGAAAGCUCUUGGUGAAUGUCUCCACGGUUCGCAGGCCAUGGCACUCAAAUAACAACGUUUGCAAAUCGAGUUUUGCAUCUGGGUGUUGUUUGUUAUGCACUUCUACUUCAUGUUCCCAGCUCUUUUCCACGGCCGCGGUAGAAUUGACUAACGUUCCAUCAAGAUCAAACAAGAUGAAGUUGGUGUUUAAUGUGAUGAUAUUGCUCAUUUAGUAUCUGCUUCAAGAAAGGAAUGUAUUAUGCGGCGGUAU